CUCGGCUGGCAGCAGCAAGAAGGACGGACGGACGGACGGACGUGGAGCUGCAUCUGAUCGUGGGAGUCCAGCUGUCGACCCGCUGAAGUGCUGCUGAGCCGGACGUGGAACCCGCGGCAGGAAGAAGUUCCAGCAUGGAGGGGGGGCGGAGCCUGCUGCUCUGCCUCGUCACGGCGGCGUGUUUCUACGGCAACGCCGCCCAGAGGACAGUUUGCACCCAGAAAGCCGUGGCCGACAUCGUCUUCCUGGUGGACGGCUCCUGGAGCAUCGGCAACGAGAACUUUGAGCAGAUCCGCCAGUUCCUGCACACGCUGGUCAACUCGUUCGACAUCGGGCCGGACCGCGUCCAGAUCGGCCUGGUGCAGUACAGCAACAGCCCGCGCACCGAGUUCCUGCUGCGCGAGUACGAGACCAAGCAGCACAUCCUGGACUACAUCACGGAGCUGGACUACAUGGGCGGCGGGACGCUGACGGGGCAGGGCCUGGACUUCCUGCUGAAGAACCACUUCACCGAGGCGGCCGGCAGCCGCCAAGGCAAGAGGGUUCCGCAGAUCGCCGUGGUGAUCACGGACGGGAAGUCGCAGGACAACGUGGAGGCCAACGCUGAGCGGCUGAAGAGGAAGGGCAUCAGCCUGUACGCCAUCGGCAUCAAGGACGCCGACGAGGACCAGCUAAAGGAGAUCGCCAGCCAGCCGCACGGCCAGCACGUCUACAGCGUGUCCGACUUCGCCGCCCUGCAGGGAAUCUCGCAGAGCAUCGUCCAGACGCUGUGCAGAACCGUGGAGGAGGCCAAGAGGAACAUCCUGAAGCUGUCUCAAGAAUGCGCCGUAGCGACCGUGGCCGACAUCGUCUUCCUGGUGGACGGCUCUUCCAGCAUCGGCAUCGAGAACUUCCAGGAAGUCCGGCGUUUCCUCCGCAGCGUCAUCUCCGGCCUCGACAUCGGCGAGGACAAAGUCCGUAUCGGCCUGGCUCAGUACAGCAACGACCCGCACAAGGAGUUCCUGCUCAACGAGCACCUGGACGCCCAGUCGCUGCUGGCCGAGGUCGACCGGUUCCCCUACCGGACCGGCGGCACCGAGACGGGCAAGGCCAUGAAAUUCCUGUCCAAAGAGUUCUUCACCGCGGCGGCGGGGAGCCGGAUCGAUCAGCGCGUGCCCCAGAUCGCCGUGGUGAUCACCGACGGAGACUCCGCGGACGACGUCCUGGCGCCGGCACAGGAGCUGCGCAGCAGGGGCGUCAUCGUGUUCGGCAUCGGGGUCGGUCAGGCCAACCUGAAGGAGCUGGAGUCCAUCGCUAACCGGCCGCCGCAGCGCUUCCUGUUCACCAUCGACAGCUACCAGGCCCUGAAGAGGCUGUCGGUCGGCCUGCUGCAGACGGUCUGCGUCUCCAUGGAGGACCAGCGGCAAGCUCUGCGACAGAGGUUUGCCGACAUCUUCUUCCUGGUGGACAGCGGCAUCACGCAGGAGAAGUUCCAGCAGGUCCGGAACCUCCUGUUCCGCCUGGUGAACCAGAUGGACUUCAGCGCCGGCGGCUACCGCCUGGGCCUGGCCCAGUACGGGGACGACGUCAAGGUGGACUUCCUCCUCAACGAGCACGAGGGCAAAGAGCAGCUCCUGGCCGCCAUACGGCGCUUCCGCUACCGCGCGGUCCUGCCGGGGGAGCCGCGCUACCUGGGCGCGGCGCUGCGCUACGCCAGCAGGAACUUCUUCUCCGCGGCGGCGGGCGGCCGGGCGGACCAGGGAUUCCGCCAGUUCCUGGUGGUGCUGGGCGGGAAGGACUCGGACGACGGCGUGUACCGCGAGGCGCGGGAGAUCAGGAAGGCCGGCGUGACCGUGGUGGGGAUGAGUCUGGGCAUGUCCAUGAACGAGGUGCGACUGGUAUCCAGCGCCGGGCAGGACUACGACAUCCCCGUCAUCACCGCGGCACCGAUACUGAAGAUGGUGUUUGAAACCGAACAAGGGGGGAGCAACGUGACGCAAGACUGCAAAGCUGCCAAACUGGCCGACAUCGUGUUCGUGGUGGACGAGUCCGGCAGCAUCGGCGUGGCGAACUUCCAGCUGGUCCGGACCUUCCUGCACUCCAUCGUGAGCGGGCUGGAGGUGGGGCCGACCCGGGUCCGGGUGGGCAUCGUGAUGUACAGCAGCGUCCCGACGGCGCAGGUCUACCUGAACACCUUCACCCGCAAGGACGAGCUGCUGAACUUCAUCAAGAUCCUGCCGUACCGCGGCGGCCAGACCUACACGGGGGCCGCGCUCAAGUUCACCCGCGAGCAGCUGUUCGCCAAGGAGCGCGGCUGCCGCCGGGACAAGAACGUCCAGCAGGUGGCGGUGGUGAUCACCGACGGGGAGUCCCAGGACAACGUGACCAACGAGGCGGCCGCGCUGCGCCGCGCCGGCGUCAGCGUCUACGCGCUGGGGGUGCAGAACGCCAACCAGGCGGAGCUGGUCCAGAUCGCCUCCCACCCGCCCAGGAGACACGUGUUCGUCGUGAACAGCUUCGCCGAGCUGAAGUCGGUGGAGCAGAGUCUGAAGGACACCAUGUGCACCAACAUCAUCCGCCAGGCGGUGUCGGUCAGCACCCGCAGGACCGGCAUCAAGCAAGGAUGCCGGCAAACGGACGAAGCCGACAUCUUCUUCCUCAUCGACCACUCGGGGAGCAUCUACCCCACCGACUUCAAGGACAUGAAGAACUUCAUCAACGAGUUUCUCGACACUUUCCGCAUCGGGCCGCAACACGUCCGCAUCGGAGUGGCCAAGUACGCCGACGCGCCCAACCUGGAGUUCGAUCUGACGGCCCACUCGGACGGGGCGUCGGUGCGGCGAGCCGUGGAGGAGAUCCGGCAGGUGGGCGGGGGGACGGAGACCGGCCGGGCGCUGGCCUUCAUGGGGCCGUACUUCCAGAGGGCACAGAUCACGCGGGGCGAGCAGGUCCCGGAGUACCUGGUGGUGAUCACCGACGGAAAGUCCUCCGACGACGUCACGGGCGCGGCGGCGCAGCUGAGGGCGCAGGGCAUCACCGUCUACGCCAUCGGGGUGAAGAACGCCGACAAGGACGAGCUGAACGCCAUCUCCGGCAACCGCAAGAGGACCUUCUUCGUCAACAACUUCGACGCGCUGAAACCCAUCAAGGACGAGAUCAUCACGGACAUCUGCUCUGCCGAAGUCUGCAAGGACGUCCCGGGCGACGUGGUGUUCCUGGUGGACAGCUCGGGCAGCAUCCACCCAGACGACUACAACACCAUGAAGACCUUCAUCAAAGACCUCAUCGGCAAGUCCCACGUGGCGCGGGACGACGUGCGCGUGGCCGUCAUGCAGUUCAGCGACGUGCAGCAGCUCACGUUCCCCCUGAACCGCUUCUACACCAAGAACGACAUCCUGGUGGCCGUGGACGGCAUGCAGCAGAUCGGCAAGGGCACGCUAACGGGUCAGGCGCUCGCCGGCGUCUCGCAGUUCUUCGACUACUCCAGGGGGGGCCGACCCGGCCUCCCACAGAGGCUGAUCGUCAUCACCGACGGAGAGUCCCAGGACGCCGUCCGGGGGCCGGCCGAGGCUCUGCGGGCACGAGGGGUGGAGAUCCACGCCAUCGGCGUCGCCUACGCCAACAACAACCAGCUGCGCGAGAUCGCCGGCUCGCCGGACCGCGUCCACUUCGAGAGGCAGUUCAGCGACCUGAGCGAGCUGGAGAACCAGAUCGCGCUGGCGCUGUGCGAGACAGAUUGUAAGAAAACAGAGAAAGCCGACAUCAUCUUCCUGGUGGACGGCUCCACGAGCAUCACGCUGCCCAAGUUCGCCAGCAUGCAGAAGUUCAUGCAGUCCGUGGUGAACCAAACCACCGUGGGCAAAGACCUGACGCGCUUCGGCGUCAUCCUGUACUCCACCGAGCCCAAGUCCAGCUUCACUCUGAAGCAGUACGGCACCAAACCGGACAUUCUGAAGGCCAUAUCGGCCCUGCGGUCGCCGUACGGAGACACCUACACCGGCAAAGCUCUCAAAUACUCCCUACAGUACUUUAACGCCCAGAACGGAGGUCGGGCGGAGCAGAAGGUUCCUCAGAUCCUCAUGGUGGUGACGGACGGAGACGCCACCGACCGGAACAACCUGGUGGCGCCGUCUCUGGCUCUGAGAGACAAAGGAGUGGCCGUCCUGAGCAUCGGCGUGGAAGGAGCCAACGUGACGCAGCUGGAGAUCAUGGCCGGCUACGACAAGUCCAGAGUUUUCUACGUGAACGACUUCGACGCCCUGGAGAAUCUCUACAGGAACAUUUCUAAGGUGCUCUGUAACACCACCAAGCCAGUCUGCAGGAAGCAGAAGGCCGACCUGGUCUUCCUCGUGGACCAGUCCGGCAGCAUCAACACCACCGACUACUCCAUCAUGAAGAGGUUCCUCACCGACCUGGUGCGCAGCUUCAACGUCACCAGGGACCUGGUGCGAGUCGGACUCGCCCAGUUCAACGAAGGCUUCCAGCACGAGUUCUACCUCCUGGACUUCGAGUCGGAGGACAAGGUGGCCCAGAAAAUCCUGUCCAUGAGGCAGCAGGGCGGAGGAACCCACAUCGGCGCCGCCCUGGACUCCAUCAAGGAUUACUUUGAAGCCUCACGCGGCGGCCGGCGGGACGCCAAGGUCUCCCAGAACCUGGUGCUGAUCACCGACGGAGACUCGCAGGACGACGUGGAGGAUCCGGCCGACCGGCUCCGCGCUCUGGGCAUCGACAUGUUCGCCAUCGGCGUGGGAGACGUGCACGACCUGCAGCUGCUGCAGAUUACCCACGAUCCCCAGCGGCUGUUCACCGUCGACAACUUCGGCAGCCUGGACCGGAUCAAGCAGAAGGUGGUCGACACCAUCUGCGACACCGAAGAGCAAAACCCUCCUGGAGACUGCAGCGUGGACAUCGCCCUGGGCUUCGACGUGUCGGUGCGGCGGGGGGAUCUGGGCGAGCAGCUGAUCAGCGGCCACCCCAAGCUGCAGGCCUUCCUGCCGGAGGUGGCCCGGUAUCUGUCCUCGGUGUCGGGCCUGUGCUGCUUCUCCGGGCCCGUCGAGACCAAACUGGCCUACCGGGUGGUGGCGGCCGACGGCCGGCUGCUCUACGACACCGACUUCGCCGCCUACGGCAGCGACGUGGUCACAAAGGUCAUGACCCUGAACCUGGCCCAGCCCACGCGCUUCAACGCCGCCAUGCUGCGAUCCUUCGCCGACAAGUUCAGGACGGAGUCGCAGGCCGGAGUCAAGGUGCUGGUGAUCUUCUCAGACGGACUGGACGAGGACGUGAUAAAGCUGGAGUACGAGACGGAGCAGCUGCGCCGGGCUGGCAUCAGCGCCCUGCUCACCGUGGCCCUGGAGCAAACCAGCAACCCGGCCCAGCUGCAGAGGCUGGAGUUCGGCCGAGGGUUCGACUACCGGCUGCCCCUGAGCAUCAGCAUGCCGAGCAUCGGCAGCGCCGUCUACAAGCAGAUCGACGCCGUGACGGACCGGGUUUGCUGCAACGUCAUGUGCAAGUGUUCGGGCCAGGAGGGCAUGCGGGGGGGCCGGGGGGGCCCGGGGUCAAAGGGCGUCCCCGGACAGAAGGGCCACCCCGGCUUCCCGGGCGAGGAGGGCAUCGCGGGCGACAGGGGCGGUCCCGGUCCCAGCGGGCCGGCCGGCCUGCAGGGUUGCCCCGGGCUACGGGGCCAGAAGGGCUUCCGCGGUCUCCGUGGUGACAGGGGCGAGCACGGAGAGGAUGGGCUGGACGGGGUCGACGGAGAACAGGGAGCGACGGGCCGAAACGGAUCUCAAGGAGAACUGGGACACCCAGGAAACCCGGGAAUCCCAGGUAUCGCCGGGCUGCCGGGGACGGAAGGACAGCGAGGACUGAGAGGAGAUCCGGGGGAGUCCGGCUUUGACAACACCCGCCCAGGACCCAAGGGCGACCCGGGAAACCCCGGUUUACCGGGUCCACCAGGAACAGACGGGCGUCCAGGGGAGAACGGCAUCGUGGGAAACCAGGGUCCGGAUGGAAGAAGAGGCCCCUCAGCUGAGAAGGGCCCGGAUGGACAACCCGGGUCCCCGGGACCCCUAGGGACCCCUGGAGCUGCCGGUCCACAGGGAACCAGAGGAGUCCGGGGCCAACCGGGCCAGAGAGGGAUCCCGGGCCUGCCCGGACCCCAGGGCGGACCAGGAACCGCUGGAAACCCCGGAUCAUCCGGGCGGCGCGGUGGAACCGGACAGAAGGGCCAGCCCGGAGACCCCGGGGACAAGGGGGUCCGAGGACCACGAGGACCCCGAGGAAUGCCGGGGGAAGACGGACGGGACGGUUACGGACCCGCGGGAACCAAGGGGGCGAAGGGAGAUCCUGGUUUCCCCGGUUACCCCGGUCUUCAGGGCGAGGACGGCCAGCAGGGACGCAAAGGACAACCGGGAAAAAACGGGAACCGCGGUCGCAGGGGAAACUCGGGUCUGCCGGGCGAACAGGGGACGGGCGGAGAUCCGGGACACGAUGGACACCCGGGCCAACGAGGACCUCCUGGAGUCAGAGACAUGACGGAGUGUCAGCUGGUUUCCUACAUCAGGAAAAACUGCGCUUGUUCCUUCGAACACUCGGGCUGCCCCGCCUACCCCACCGAGCUGGUGUUGGGCCUGGACAUGUCUGACGACGUGACCCCGGCCGGGUUCGAGCGGCAGCGCGCGGCCCUGCUGGCGCUGCUGGAGGACAUCACGGUGGCCGAGAGCAACUGCCCCACCGGGGCCCGCGUGGCCGUGGUGGGCUACAACGGCCACACCAAGCACCUGAUCCGCUUCCACGACUACCGCCGCAAGGCCCAGCUGGCCGACGCCGUCCGGAACAUCGCCCUGGAGAGGACGUCCAGCCGCCGGCACCUCGGCGCCGCCAUGCGCUUCGUCGGACACAACGUCUUCAAGCGGGUCCGGGCCGGGGUCAUGAUGAGGAAGGUGGCCGUGUUCUUCACCAGCGGGCCGGCUCAGGACGUCAACGAGAUCUACACGGCCGUCAUGGAGUACCGGGCCCUCAACAUCAUCCCGGCGGUUAUCUCCCUGAGGAACGUCCAGGAGAUCAGGAGAGCCUUUGAGAUGGACGACUCGGGUAACUCCAUCUUCAGCGUGUUGGGGAGGCAGCAGGACCUGAUCACCGACCUGAAGAGGGUCAAGAACUGUGCAAUCUGUUACGACCCCUGCUCGCGCCCGGAGGAGUGCUCCUUCAUCCAGAAGGUGGAGCAGCCCCAGCAGGUGGACCUGGACCUGGUCCUGGUCCUGGACGGGUCCAGGGAGGUCCAGGCGGACGAGUACGCCGGCACGCAGCAGCUGCUGGGGUCGGUGGUGGAGCGGCUGGCCGUCGGCCCCUUGAGUAGCCGGCCGGGGAACCGGGCCCGGGUGGCGGCGGUCCAGCAGGGCUCCGGCCAGACCACCAAGCUGGAGUUCAACCUGCAGCGGUACCAGAGGCAGGAGCAGGUGAGGGAGCACCUGCUGGGGAACACGCGGCAGCAGGGCGGCGCCGCGGCGCUGGGCCGGACGCUGGACUUCGCCCUGAAGGAGGUGCUGCUGAAGGCCGGCGGGCCGCCGCGCCGCAGGAAGGCGAUGCUGGCCGUGGUGGGCGCCGAGACGGCCUACGGGGACCGGGCCCGGCUGCGCUACGUCUCCCAGAAGGCCAAGUGCGACGGCGUGGCCAUGUUCGUGGUGACGGUGGGCGACCGCUACAACCGGACGCAGGUGGAGGAGCUGGCCAGUCCGCCGGUGCAGCAGCACCUGGUGCACCUGGGCCGGCUGAGGCCGGAGGAGCAGGGCUACGCCCGCCGCUUCUUCAGGGUCUUCCUCUCCACCAUGCAGAGUGGAGUCAACUCGUACCCUCCGGCGUCCUCCAGACGGACCUGCGACCAGCUGAGACCCCCGAACGGAGGACAGGUGUUCGUCACCGGGCAGGGACAGGUGGACAUAGACGACUUCAGGGAGGAGGAAGUGGCGGAGGAAGAAGAGGAAAGGUUUGAGGAGCAGUCGAGGGGACAGACGCAGACGGGACAGCUGGACGUCAUCGAGACGCUGAUCCGGGGAGACAUCGGGACCCAGAUCGCCACCGUGGAGUUUGAGGACGCUCUGGAGACUCCUCAGGUGGUCGUAGACCCUGAGGUCGAAGUCGACGUCUCUGACGUCUCUGACGUGUCCGAUGUCUCCGACGUCUCCGCCGCGGCGGCCUCCCCCUCUGGUCCCACCGGGUCGCUGCAGGAAGGCCAGGCCGCCUUCGUCUCCAGAGACGUGUGCCAGCUGAGCGAGGACUCGGGCGACUGCCAGGAUUACAUCAUGAAGUGGUACUUCGACGGCGAGCAGAACGACUGCGUCCGCUUCUGGUACGGCGGCUGCGGCGGCAACCUGAACCGCUUCGACACGCAGGAGGACUGCGAGAACCUGUGCCUGGUGGAGGCACGAUGAGCAGGACGGCGGGGGAACGGCCCAGGAAAAACACGGGUCUUCAAGGAGAACCGGCGUUCUCCUUGGACACGCAUGUUUGAGUCCCACAACGGUCCGCGCCGCGGACGCUACUAGACCCUACAUCUUCUAUCUUCUUCUUUUAAUACCAAACAUGUCAGCGUGUGCAGCUGCUGACGACACGAUCCGGACCCUGGCGGGUUCUGGUCGGACUGCAGCUUAGAGCCGUUUCUGGUUUAAACCCCAUCAGAUGAUCAUUGGUCAAUAAUCAGAACUGAUCUGUGAAUGUGAAGUUUACACGUAGCAGAACUAGAUCACCACAGGUCCCAGAACUGUCACUUGUAAAUGUUUGCAAAGGUAAAUACGAUGAACGAUGAAUGCUACCGAACAAUCGCCGACGUAAACUUGCAAAUUUGUGAGAAUUCAGGACUUUACAAACGUCCAAACACAACAACUAAAACAAAGAUGAAGGAGAAUUCGGGGCUUAAUGAACAAAAUUCCUUAACUUUGGCUUCUCCGGACUACAAAUUUGUAAGGAAACAUUCACAAACUUAUAAUAAUUAUAAAUGGCGGAGGCCAUGAGUGCGAGGGCCCGAUCAACGCUGCUCGCAGCUUUAAUUAUUAUUAUUAUUGUUCUUCCGCUAAAUUAAUUGCUGUUUUGGAGGCCUUUACAUCCUCGAAAACUCACCAAAUUUUGCACACACUUCAAGUGUCGCACAAUAACAAUAAUGACAAAGAUGAGGACGAAUUCGGGGCUUAAUGAACAAAAUUCCUUAACUUCGGCUUCUCUGGACUCACAAAUUUGCAAGGAAACAUUCACAAAUGGCGAUUAACGAGAAUAAAUGAGCCGUUUCGUGAGUUCGUCAAGUAUUUUCCUGCAAACUCAAGUUCUGACCCAAAGCCAGAAACGGCGCUGCAGCUGCAGAUGUUUCCAGCUGUGCAGCUGAAAAGCUGCCACCAUCACCUGCGUUUCCACUUCAAUCCGUCACAAACCUCUCCGGAGGUUCACGCACCGCCGUUGCAACGGUUCAGGAGCAGGCGGGGGGUCGGGUUCUGGUUGUGAGCGGCACCGACCCGAGCGACAGUCCGGACCCACUGCAGCCCGGACUUUCAGCACCGGGUCUCAUCUGCACCGGACAGGAACGAUGACAACAAUCGGACGAUAAUUGGACAGUAAUCAAGGACAAUAAUGGGCCGGUAAUUGAACAGUGGCAGCAAGUUUCCCUGCAGGUCACCCAGCCCUCAAGGGUUGCCGGUUCGACACCGUCCCAGGAGCAAAGCAGCAGGUUGGUUAAAAGGAAAAAAAAAAAAACAGGCGACGUAAAGAAAACUGUCCGGUGUAAAUCUGUUUUUCGGUGCAACGGCGCCCUCUGCUGCCGCCAGGACCCACUUCUGUUCAACGCUCAGUAAAACCCCCCACCUCCUUCACUCCCACCGGGACAAAUGUCUUGUUUUUGCAGUAUUUCAGGGUUUAUUUUUGUCAACUUGUGGUGCUUUUUGCUGUACAAAGUUAGUAUGUGAAUAAAAAACCGUGUGAACGGAACCAGACUGAAGCGGUCGUGUCACCUGAGCCGCCGGGAUCUGGGCGGCUUCGAGGACGAAGUCCAGCAAGACGACGAUGCGAGAAUUAAAGUUUAUGACCAAUGAAGUUUGUACAGCUUAGAAAUAAAAGUAUUUUACUCAUAAA